CUUUCUCCCUCACGCGUCUUUUUUUAUAUAUAUAUACAUGAAGCUUAUUGGUUUAACGGGAGGAAUUGCCACAGGCAAAUCAACAGUAUCUCGUUUAUUAACAGAACAACAUAUACCCAUUAUCGACGCAGACAAGAUUGCAAGAGAUGUUGUUGCACCAGGCAGAAAAGCCAACCAGCUUAUUCGACAACACUUUGGUGAUGAAGUCUUCUUGCCUGAUGGCCAUAUCGAUAGACCUAAGCUAGGACAGAUUAUCUUUCAAGACCCCGAGAAGCGCAAGAUAUUAAAUAGGUGCACACAUCCCUAUGUGCGACUGGAGAUGGUCAAGCAAGCCUUGUUGUAUUGGAUAAAAGGAGCUGAUGUUGUUGUUUUUGAUGUGCCUUUAUUGAUAGAAAGUAAACUGGAUCGAUUUAUGAGUACCAAUGUCGUUGUAUUCUGGUAAGAUAGAUAGUCAGCUUAUAAACCAUAUUUACACUGCAUCUAGUUCAGAUGCACUUCAGUUACAAAGACUAAGAAAAAGAGACAACUUGACAGAAGAACAAGCGUUGCAACGGAUGAAAUCACAAAUGCCUUUGGCUGAAAAAGUCGAAAAGGCAGAUAUUAUACUGGACAAUUCAAGCGAUAUCCGUCAGUUGGAAAUACAAGUCAAGAACAUGAUUCACAAGAUCAAACCGUCCACACUCACUUGGUUCUUUGAAUAUGCAGGCCCACCUAUGGUCAUUGGUGCUGUCUCUAUUCUUGCUCGUCAAUACGGUGCUGCUCUUUGGCAAGCAAUGAGUGAUAGUAU